AUGAAUAUAUCAAAUAUAAUAGAUAAUAAUAAUAAUAUUAAUAACAGCAGUAAUACAUUUUCAACAACAACUAUUCGGUUUAUUCGAAAGUACCAUACAGAAAAUCCAUUUAAUUCGUGGUAUAUUGGCGGUGUUUUAUUUUUGUUUACUUUUAUGUUGGGACUUGUUUUUGCAAGUCAUUAUCAACAAAAUUGCUGUCAAAUAUUUUUGAUACGUUUAAUGCCCACUCUUUCCACCUCACCACGGCAAGGAUCAACAAAUUCAUUUAUAAAUCGUAUAAUCAAUCCAGUUCAUGUUUGA